GGGGAGACUGGAGAGCCCUAAAUUACCAGUGGAACUCCUCCCACCGUGCAGGUUGACUAUCAUGGACAGCACGAGUAACGGCGUCGCCGGGGAGCUUACGACGAACGGCAAUGGCGUCACCGUCGACAAAGGCGUCGACUUUGCUAACUAUUUCUGCACCUAUGGUUUUCUUUAUCACCAGAAGGAGAUGCUCUGUGAUAAAGUUCGCAUGGACGCUUACUACAACGCCAUUUUCGAGAACAAAGAUCACUUCCGUGGCAAGGCCGUGCUUGAUGUAGGAACAGGGAGCGGCAUUCUUGCAAUCUGGUCUGCACAAGCAGGUGCAAGGAAGGUUUAUGCUGUUGAAGCUACUAAGAUGUCAGAACAUGCCCGUGAACUUGUUAAAGCCAACAACUUUCAAGACGUUAUUGAAGUGAUUGAAGGUUCUAUGGAGGAGGUAACUCUUCCAGAAAAAGUUGAUGUAAUUAUAUCAGAGUGGAUGGGUUACUUUCUUCUACGUGAGUCUAUGUUUGAUUCUGUGAUUUCUGCACGUGAUCGUUGGCUGAAGCCAGGUGGUGUAAUGUAAGUUGUCCAUGUGCUGUUGCUUUUAGAUGCCUUUGCAUUUUUUGACGAACU